AUGACAUCGCCCAAUCGCACUGCGCAGCUGGACGCGCCCCUGCCCGACUCCUGGCCUCCUCUGAGCGUCCCCAGCUACCUGCGGUCGGCGGCCGCCCAGCGCACACAUGGCCUGCCAAAUUGCGGCCUGCUGCGCGGUCGCACCGUCACGCUGCCGGACGGCCGGCUGCCGCCCGUGGAGCAGUUCCUCGGCGUGCCGUACGCCCAGCCGCCUCUGGGCCAUGAGAAGCGCUUCAUGCCGCCGCAGACGCCGGCGCCGUGGCAGGGCGUGCGCGACGCCGUGCUGCUGCCGCCCGUCUGCCCGCAGCGGCCGCCGGUGCGGGCCUGGGAUGAGGCGGCGGCGCUCGCCGGCAUGUCUCGUGCUCGGCUCGCGCAGCUGCGUCGUCUGGCCGCUCACCUGCGCAACCAGAGCGAGGACUGCCUCUACCUCAACAUUUACUCGCCGGUCACCGAAGGCAGCCGCGCCAGCAGCGCCAGCACCCGCUAUCCGGUAAUGGUCUACGUCCAUGGGGAGUCGUUCGACUUCGGCACCGGCAACGCCUUCGACGGGUCUGUGCUGGCCGGCCUCGGUGCCGUGGUGGUCGUCACCCUCAACUACCGACUCGGUCUGCUCGGUUUCCUGAACGCCAACUUCGAGCCGGUGCGGGCGGUGGCCAACUACGGCCUGCUCGACAUCGUGGCCGCGCUCGAGUUCGUGCGGCUGACUGUGAGCGCGUUCGGCGGCGAUCCGACCAGCGUGACUGUGUUCGGCCACGGCGCCGGCGCUGCCUGUAUCAACUUCCUGAUGACGUCAGCCUCGGCGCCGCUCGGCCUGCUGUUUCAUCGAGUUAUCCUCAUGAGCGGCUCCUCACUGGCUCCGUGGGCUCUACUAAGCGGCCCGCUGAACGCCACGCGCCAGCUGGCGCGCCACACCAACUGCACGCCAUCGCAGACCGCCCUACUGCCCUGCCUACGGGCGAAGCCACUGGCCGCGCUGCUAGCGGCACCUGUCGUCGGCCCCCGCUUUCUGCCCGUAUUCGGCCCGUCGCUAGAUGGCAUCGUCAUCAGCGACGAGUUCUUCACCAACCGGGCCUCCUACGUGCAUCGGCUGACCUCGUACGGCCUGAUGACGGAGCAGCGCGACCGGCUGCUCCGGACUUACGUGCAGAACUCGUACAGCUACCACCUGAACGAGCUGCUGUCGGUGAUCGGACACGAGUACACGGACUGGACGCGCGCGCAGCGCCAGCCGCGCCGGCUGCGAGACGAGCUGGUGCGCGCGCUCAGCGACGCGCAGUUUGUGGCGCCGGCCUUGCACACGGCCAGUCUCUUCCCCGACGACAGGAGCACGUUUUUCUACGUGUUUGGUGGACACCGAGGGACCUCAGAUCUCUCAGAGGGCUCCCGGCAGUCAUACGGAGGUGAGCUGCCGUACGUGUUCGGCGAGCCGCUCGUGCAUCGGCCGGGACACCUGACCGGCCUGUGGUCGGCAGAGGACCGCGCACUCUCCGAGGCCGCCGUCACCUACUGGACCAACUUCGCCAAGUCCGGGGAUCCCAACAAGCCCAAGGAUGUGUUCUUCGGAGGCGAUAGCGGGGAACGUUACAGAAAAAUAAUUUGGAGCCCAUAUGAGCAUCAGUACAAGAAAUACAUGGCGCUAGGUGGGACGCCGCGCGUGCUGGGGCACUACCGGCCGCGCCAGGUGGCGCUCUGGCUCGACCUGCUGCCGGGCAUCCACCGCCGAGGCGGCCCAGGCGCCUUCUCUGUGUACAGCACGGCGCUGAGCGUGACAGUGGCCAUCGGCUGCUCGCUGCUCGUGCUCAACAUCCUCAUACUGGCCGGGGUGUACUACCAGCGCGAGAAGGGCCGCGUCGAGUGGCGACGGCGCGCCGAGAACGGCCUGCCACCUGGCAGCCGAGCGCCAAAGUGA